AGCAAGUACUGUGAUCAAUUGACAAGAGCGCCAAUUGCCGUCCUUCUCAAGCUAUAUCCAGUAGUUUACGCUGAUAGUGGGGGGUCGAGAAACGGACACCCCUCCAGUUCGACACCGUCUCAAGUCAAUCGAGUCUUGCAUAACCUAUGGCUGUUAAAGACUGACGGUUAAACCUCCACUAAAAGUUUCACAUCGUUUACCUCUCUAAUACAGCUACUGAAUAGCUUCAGUCUAUAUCUCACUUAUGGCCAGCAAUUGCCCAGCCUUGUCCCUCGUCAUCAAUCAAGGUUAGGGUUAGCUGAGCCAUGUGCUGUACAGCUAUUGGCGGUAAAAGGCAUACGUCAUAGGCCUGUUCCAAGGCCAAGAUGAAGGUAAAUCAGGCUGAGAGGACAAAGAAUAGAGUUAAAUUUUCAAUCAUCCUUUUGUUUCUUUGUGAUUAGACUUUUGGAACAACUCUUGUGAUUCGUAUCAUUUGGCUUUUUGCCUCGUGUCUAAAUAGCUUCAAGAAGGCGGGCUACUUGUUCUUGUGGCACCACUUACACGACCCAUACCGUACCACCAAUUCACAUCUCACAACCAUGAAGAACCUCUUAUUUCCUCUUACCGCCCUCCUCAUCGGCUCAAGUCUCGCUGCAGAUGUCACAAUCACAGCUCCGGUAUCCAUCCCCUCCAAUGAGCCUGAAUACAAAGAAGGCAAAUCCUUCACAUCAGCCGUCCUCAACAGCACCAACUUCUAUCGUGAGGAACACAACGCAACAGCACUAAAAUGGAACAAAACACUCGAGGAGUUCGCAACAGACUACCUCGAUGACAAUGAUGACUGCGACUUUGAGCACUCUGGUGGACCCUAUGGUGAGAACCUGGCUAUAGGUUAUCCCAAUGUUACUGCGAGCGUCGAAGCUUGGGGUGAUGAGCGAGAGGAGUACAAUUUCGACAAGGCCAAGUUUAGUAAGAAGACGGGACACUUCACGCAGCUUGUAUGGAAGGAUACUACGACUGUUGGAUGCGGAAGAAAGCUUUGCGGUGAACGAGGCUGGUUCCUCGUUUGUGAGUACUGGCCCAGGGGUAAUGUCGAGGGCCAGUUCAAGGAAGAGGUUUCAAAAGAGGAGGGCGGUGCAUUCAGUACAAGACCUGGUCUUGGGCUCGCUCUGGCUUUAUUUAUUGGGUACAUGCUUGUUGUCGUAUAGGCAUGUCAUGUUGAAUUUCCAGCGUUGGAUAGGCGUACGAGAUAUCUGAUGGAUGACGGGACUCAUGCUGGGCAUGAGCUAUAUUGACUACUCUACUACAAUUCUCAUGUAUCUCAUUAUAGAGUGACAUAGUUUCUGAUUUUAUAUAUACUAGCUCGUUCUAUACACUUUUGGCUGACUAGUAGUGUCUUGUUCUAUUCAUGAUGUUCUUUCCGUCAUCAGUCCACAAUGAAAAUGUAACUUGAUGGUGUACC